AUGGCAUCAGCUCUGCACCCGACGCAGUCCCUGCGACCCGCACCACGUACACCGACGAAUGCACCCACAAACUCCAAGAAGAAUGCCCAACCAUCAUCAACCACCUCAACCCCCCGCCCCAGCACCAAAAAACCCUCAAAAGCUGCCCAACGCCUCUCCCUAACCUCCGACCAAGAAUCCGCCAUCCAUGACGCAUUCUCCCUCUUCGAUCCAGACAACACCGGGGAGAUAGCAACAACCGAUGUACGAAUGGCGAUGCGUGCGCUCGGGUUUGAAUUUGAGAAUACCCGCGAAGAACUCCAAAGUAUCAUCCGCACGCUCGAUCCUGAUAGGGAGGGUGCGGUGGAAUGGGAGAUUUUUCUAGAAGUAGUGUCCCUAAAACUUCAAACACGGGACAUCCACGCCGAAGUGGAGCGCGCGUUCAUGCUGUUCGACGAUACCGGGAAAGGUGUCAUAAGACUCGAUGAUCUCCGGCGCGUCGCGAGGGAGUUGGGAGAGGAGGGAAAGGUGUCGGAUGACGAGUUACGGGAUAUGCUCGAGAUUGCGUCGGGGAGGGGUGAUGGAGUGCGCCUGGAGGAGUUCGAGGGGGUGAUGAGGAGGGCUGGGGUGUUGUAG